AUUUGACAAAAGUUAUGGAAUAUCGAAAUUUCGCAAUAAUAAAUUUAAGGUUAUACUCGAUCAUAAAUAAAUCGGCUACUCAAAAUGAAUUUAAACAUUUCUAGUCUCAGUAAAUUUAUUUUUAAAUCUCAAUCAGUCCCUGGAUUUGGGUUUCAGCAAGUAAGAAAUAAAUGGGCUAAUAGCUUGAUGAUAAGGGACGUUAAAAGAAGACGUAUGAGUGCUGAAAACUUUCUGGAAAGAAGUAGAAUCAACGCCUUAAGAAAGAAUGAUGUACUACCUAUAGAAAUAAGAGAAUUAGCAGAUAAGGAAAUAAACAAAUUUGAAAUGAAUGCUAUACCACUUCGGAUCAACAACAGAUGUGUUAUAACUUCCAGACCACGUGGUAUUGUCAAGGAAUGGAGAAUGAGUCGUAUAGUGUGGAGGCAUCUUGCUGAUUACAACAAACUUUCUGGAGUUCAGAGAGCUAUGUGGGGUUAAUCAUUUAUCUAAUAUAUUAGUUAACAUUACUUGUUUUAGGAAUAGUUUAUAAUAAAUGCUAUGUUACUGUAUAACUAUU